AUGACGAAACCUGAUUUCCAUCAUUCCAAACUUCAACACAUUGCCAAGCGGGCGAUCCUGCCGCUCUUGCCCUCAGAUCCCCUAUCUUCCCAGAAACCAUCUCAUGAGCUUCCUGACCCCCAGAAUACUCAAGGGGACAUCUAUCUACUCUUCCCGAAGGAUCAUGAGAAUUUCGUAUUCUUUGCCAUCCGCGAUGCGGAUCAUUUCAAGCGCGACCUUGCGAACUACACACCCACAACGUCCGAAGAUGUUCUUGACAACCUUCGCCAGAUCACCGACGCCAAGGCCAACGCAGCACAACCAUCUCAGGUUCGGCGUGUGCAGUUGUGGCAGACACAGAUCGCGUUCAGCCGCUCUGGUCUCGACCUCCUUGGCCAGACUCAGCAUACGAAAGAUACACACUUCGACCAGGGUUCUAUGAGAAAAGAGCUAAAGGCGCUUGGCGAUGGCGGUCCCUGGGACCCUCUCUUCGCUGACGGUAUCAUUCAUGGCGUUAUUAUCGUUGCUGCUAGCCAUGCCGACCAGUGCCAGAUUGGAACACAGGCCGUGAGGAAGACCUUCAAGCAAUCGAUCCACAACGUUGUAGAGAUGGACGGAAAUGCGCGGCCUGGAGCUCGGAGAGGUCACGAGCACUUCGGCUAUAAGGAUAGCGUGUCGCAGCCUGCUCCUCGGGGGCUAGUCAAACCACACAAGGGGCAACUCCAAUGCGACGCCGGUGUCAUCAUAUGCGGCUACAAAGGGGACCCCAUCUUUGAUAAUCCGUACCUCUCCCCGUCGGAGAAACGCCCUGGUUGGACAAAGGACGGGACAUUCAUGGUCUUCCGCAAGCUAGAACAGGACGUGAUUGGGUUCAAUGAGUAUUUGAAGACAGCUGGACCUCAGUGGCGGCGGUUCCUGCCUCCUGACGAGGUGAAAAAGAUCUCACCGCCACUAACGAACAACGAGGGCCUGAGCUUUUUGGUGCGCGGCUUGUGGGGCGGUGGAAGUCGUAAAGGUCAAUUCGGAUCUAGCGACAGCGUGUGCCCAUUCACUGCGCACACGCGCAAGACUGCCCCGCGCAACCUCGAUCCCUACCUCCAGAAGCAAUUCCUGGAGCGUGCCCUCAUCGUCCGUGCAGGGCUUCCAUACGGCCCUGAGGUUGCGCCGAAGGAAGUUCAGAAGGAUACAAGCCCGCGAGGGCUCUUGUUCUCGUGCUAUCAGUCGUCGACGGAGAACGGGUUCUGGCAGCAGACGCGGGACUCGGUGAACGAGUACUUUCCUAUCGCGUCGCUUGUGCCUGAGAGACACGGGCAAGACCCGAUUAUUGGGGGCGCGACCAUCAAGUCGUUAACAGCUAAAGUGAAAGGGAAUGAAACUGUCCCGAGCAGCGGUGAGGUGACCAUCGACGUCACAGACUCCUCAGGCGAGACUCGGUCUGUCACGGGCUUCGUGAAUACGCCAAAUCCGAGCGCAGAGGCGAUCACGCCGCAAUACUUUGUGACCUCGCGCGGCGGCGAAUACUUCUUCGUGCCGUCGGUGUCCACACUGCGUGCACUGGGGGGUGGCUCUGAUACUCCGAAACCGUUUACAAGCACGCCGCCCACGAAAGAGGGCGUGUACCGCAUCAAGCUGUAUGGGCAGAGUCCGGAGCAAUGGCGCAUCACUCCGCUGGGGAAUGGCGAGUACCACAUCAAGAGCGCGAAGACGGAUUAUGGCCUGAUACAUUCGACAUAUGGAUACUGGGGUUAUGGUUUCCCUGUAGGAAGCCCCGGCGUAUCCGUCGUGUGGCAGAUCAGCCAGCAGACAGCUGGAAGCAACAGGUUCUUGAGGAUCAGGGAAAAGGGCUCUUAUCCGCUGGAUUCUCAGUCCCCUCAAGUCGUGCACUUCUACAAGGAUGACAUUAAUGAACCGAACCAACGCUGGCUGUUCGGGCUUGUCUGA